AUUUCGUCCUACGGGGCCGCCCAUUAUAUAUUCUCCCUCGCGCUAAACCCUAACGAGCCGCCCAUUUGCGCCGCCGCCGCCCCGAGGAAGCCACCUGCCGCGCCGCCCCCCGUUGCUCGUCGCCGCCCGCGGCUGCUCGAUCCGAUGGCUCCCACGAAGAAGUCGAAGAAGAGCACGGAGAGCAUCAACAACAAGCUGCAACUGGUGAUGAAGAGCGGCAAGUACACGCUCGGAUACAAGACCGUCCUCAAGACGCUGCGCAACUCCAAGGGGAAGCUGAUAAUCCUCGCGAACAACUGCCCUCCGCUUAGGAAGUCUGAGAUUGAGUACUAUGCUAUGCUGGCCAAAGUUAGUGUGCAUCAUUUUCAUGGAAACAAUGUUGACCUUGGCACUGCCUGCGGCAAGUACUACCGGGUGUGCUGUCUCAGUAUCAUUGACCCAGGUGACUCGGACAUCAUCAGUGCCGCACCAGGCGCCCAGUGAGAGAAGAGGGGUGAACUUUGGCUAUUAGUUGAGAUAUAGGGCCUCAGACUUCCUUGCAAGGCCAAUGGCUGUUUCUUGUUUAUCUUCAGUUAUGUACUUUGCUAUGAUGAGCUGAUCUGCCAUACAAAUUACACUUCAUAUGGUUGUUAUGUAAGGCGUAUCCAUGGUUUUGUUUUAUGAGAUCGUUAUUUCUUUGCCUCUAA